AUGGCCUACCUUCACCAAUACGACUACAUCUUCGCCAUUGGCACCUUCUUCGCCCUUCUUGAUGCGUUCAACAAUGGAGCCAAUGAUGUCGCCAACGCUUGGGCGACCAGCGUCUCGUCGAGAUCAAUCUCCUACCGACAGGCCAUGGUGUUCGGCACCGUCUUCGAGAUGCUCGGCGCCAUCACUGUUGGUGCCCGCACGGCCGACACCAUCAAAAACGGCAUCAUUCCCAACUCGGCCUUCAAGGACAAUGCCGGCGUCCAAAUGCUAGCCUUCACCUGCGCUCUCGCUGCCGCUUCCUCGUGGGUCAUGUGGUGCACUCGUCACUCUGCCCACGUCUCGUCGACGUACUCGCUCAUCUCCGCCGUCGCUGGCGUCGGCGUCGCCACCGUUGGCGCCUCGGGAGUCCAGUGGGGUUGGAACAAUGGGAAGGGUCUCGGUGCCAUCUUUGCCGGUCUGGGCAUGGCUCCCGUCAUCUCCGGCGGCUUUGCUGCCGCCAUCUUCCUGUUGAUCAAGUUUGUGGUCCACAUUCGCAAGAAUCCCGUCCCCUGGGCCGUCUACACUUCCCCCUUCUUCUUCCUCAUUGCCGGCACCGUCUGCACCCUUUCCAUCGUCUACAAGGGCUCGCCCAACCUGGGUCUCAGCAAGAAGCCUGGCUGGUACAUUGCCGCCGUCACCCUGGGAACCGGAGGCGGCAUUGCCAUCCUGGCAGCCAUCUUCUUCGUUCCCUUUGUCCACGCCAAGGUCAUCAAGAAGGACCCCACGAUCAAGUGGUGGAUGGUGUUUUACGGUCCCGCCCUGUUCAAAAGGCCGGCCCCGGAGCACGCCGAGCGUGCCAAUGUCCCCAACUACGCCGUGGUUCAGCACAACGCGGAAGACGACGCCGACGGCGACGACUCAGCAUCCGAUUCUCCCAAGCUGGCUGCCAAGGACGAAUCCGGCAAGGAGCAUGGCAUUCUGGCCACCAAGGCUCACAGAGCAGAGAAGAGCCUUGCCAACCUCGAGGGGUCGCAAAAGUCGUACAAGGAGCUUGUUGCCGAGGGCGAGGCUCGAUUCCACGCCAGGCUCCUCAAGAAGCGGGGUCCUCUCGGUUGGGCCAUGCGAACGCUACGCGACAACCCCAUGGGCGCUGGCCAGAUAUACGAGUUCCACAACAUGAAGAUGCUCGCCAAGCGGAUCCCGGCCCUGAUUGUCUGCGGCGCCCUGUACGGUCUCCAUUACGACAUCCACGCCGCCCAGACGGGCAUCGAGGGCACCCCCGAGGGGGAGCGCAUGAAGCGCGUGUACGCCGCCGCCAAGAAGUACCCCAACGAGGUUGAGCACACCUACUCGUUUGUCCAGAUCUUGACCGCCUGCACCGCGUCGUUCGCCCACGGCGCCAACGACAUUGGCAACUCGGUGGGUCCCUGGGCCGUCAUCUACGGAGCCUGGAGCACGGGCAAUGCCGCCAAGGCCAAGGCUCCUGUCGAUGUCUGGCAGCUGGCCGUCUUGUCCGCCACCAUUUCCCUCGGGCUCAUCACCUAUGGGUACAACAUAAUGAAGGUCAUGGGCAACAAGAUUACCUACCACUCCCCCAGCCGCGGCAGCUCCAUGGAAAUGGGGGCGGCCAUCACGGUCCUCGUCUUUUCGCAGUACUCUCUCCCCGUCUCCACCUCCAUGUGCAUUACCGGUGCCACAGUUGGCGUGGGCCUCUGCAACGGCACUCUCAAGGCCGUCAACUUCCAGCGGGUCGGGCUGCUCGUCUUAUCCUGGUUCAUGACUAUACCGAUAGCGGGCACUCUCGGAGGGGUCCUGAUGGGACUGUUCCUCAACGCCCCCAAGUUUUGA